AUGAGGCUAAUGAGAUGGCUGCUGGGCAAAGAGACGACCAAUGAGUUCUGGGCAGUUGGGUGGCUAAAGAUGUUAACAGGUGUCCGAGGAGAGAGGAGAGUGAACAACUACCAGUGCUGCCCCGCGCCUUGUAUAGACAUCACCUAUACCAUUCUUCUUUCGAGGAGGACGAUCUUCUAUACGGCGAACCUUAUGGUGCCCUGCAUUUUGAUAUUCUCAAUGACUCUUCUAGGAUUUACGCUACCUCAUGAAUGUGGAGAGAAACUAACCCUAGGUACCUAUAAAGGGGUCACUAUUCUCUUGUCGCUGACUGUGUUUCUAAACAUGGUAGCUGAGACGAUGCCGGCUACGUCCGACGCAGUACCCCUAUUAGGUAACUUGCCAACAGCUCUUCACUUGGAGGCAGAGCGGAGAGGCAAAUUAUGUUCAAUUUCACCACCUAAGCCUCCACAACUCCCAUCUAUCCAACCAUUAAUAUCUUUCCAAACCGGGAGCCUUUCAAUUGAAGGCAGCUUGCCAAUCUAA